ACAUCUAAAGGACUCCAGACCGACGGGAAACUGAGAUCAACAGAACCAACAGAGUAACUUCACUACAGCCGCCUGUGAAAGACCGGAAUUGAAUGCUGUUAUUCAGAGGUGCCGAAUUGUUUGGAUUUCUCUGGGCAGACAGCCUUGACCGCUAAAGUUGCCAGAGCAAUUUAAAAAGGAAUAGGCGGGUAUUAAAGUUCAGUGACAACAAAUUGUGUAGUUUAAACGAAUGUACUUGUUUUUAUAAGCUAUACUGAAGAUACAGUGGAAUUACUGUGUGGAGUUCUUACAGGGGCUUCGGUGCCCAGGACAGCCGGACGCACCACAGCUUUACGCAGUUACCGGAGGGCAGCAGGAGUCAUCGUAUUACUUUUGUGAAUCACUCCCGUCUGCCCCUUCUGAGAACCGCUGGUGACAACAAGCCGGUGUGAACAUGCUACAAAAUGGAAACGGAAAGGAGCAACCGCUGCAAGCGCCGAUGGCGGAGGCAGAGCCGGACUCCCCGACUAACGAGCCCCAACAGCAGCAGCAACAGCCAGAUCUCUCAGCUGCUGACAGAAAGGACGCGAACACUGAGUCCGCUCACUUCCCCAUGCCCGUUUACCCAAAAGUGGAGAUAAAACGCAACGCGGUGACGGACGAUUACAAAAUCUCCAGUCAGGUUCUGGGCUUAGGGAUCAAUGGCAAAGUCCUCCAGUGCUUCAGUAAGAAGACAGGGGAGAAGUGCGCACUGAAGAUUCUGUACGACAGCCCCAAGGCGAGACGAGAAGUGGAGCUUCACUGGCGAGUAUCAGGAGGACCGUACAUCGUUCGCAUCCUCAACUUGUACGAAAACAUGCAUCAUGGGAAAAAAUGCCUGCUCAUCGUCAUGGAGUGCAUGGAGGGAGGAGAGCUGUUCAGCCGAAUCCAGGUCAGAGGAGACCAGGCCUUCACUGAGAAAGAGGCAUCUGAGAUUAUGAGGGACAUUGGCACGGCCAUCGAGUUUCUCCACAACAUUAACAUCGCACACAGAGACAUCAAGCCAGAGAACCUGCUGUACACCACUAAAGAGAGAAACGGGGUCCUCAAGCUGACAGACUUUGGUUUUGCUAAGGAGACCACGCUACACAACCCGCUACAGACCCCCUGUUAUACACCGUACUAUGUGGCUCCUGAGGUUUUGGGUCCGGAGAAAUAUGACAAGUCAUGUGACAUGUGGUCUCUGGGCGUCAUCAUGUACAUCCUCUUGUGUGGCUUUCCUCCAUUUUACUCCAACACGGGCCAGGCCAUUUCACCGGGGAUGAAGAGGAGGAUCAGGAUGGGCCAGUACGAGUUCCCCAACCCAGAGUGGGCUGAGGUGUCCCAGGAAGCAAAAGAUCUGAUCCACCAGCUCCUGAAGACAGACCCUAAUGAGAGAAUGACCAUCACUCAGUUUAUGAAUCACCCCUGGAUCAAUCAGUCCAUGGUGGUUCCCUCCACUCCGCUCCACACAACCCGGGUCCUGACUGAAGACAGAGAGAUGUGGGAGGAUUUGAAGGAAGAGUUGACCAGCGCUUUAGCAACUAUGCGUGUGGACUACGACCAGGUGAAGAUCAAGGAUCUCGACACUUCGAGCAACCCCCUGCUCAACAAGAGGCGUAAGAAGGCUGCUGCUGGGGCCAAGAGCGGGUCCACCGUCUGUCAGAGUCAGUGAGACACACACGACCAUCGGUGGAAAAUCCAAACACAACAGCCAACGGUGGAGAAAAGCAGCUCAGAAGAGGAGAGGAGGAAAAAGAGAUCAUUUAGAGAGCUGCUUGGGACUCUUGAGAAACUGGAUGUGGAGGGCAUGUUCUCUGAAAUAAAGGGACAACAUAGGAACAACAGCAACAUCAAAAGUGAACAUUUAUAGGACAUAUCAAGACAUGAUAUCGCCCGUGCUGCCUGCCUGAGGUGGAAAUCAACAGCUCUGCUCACUGCAGGUCCAUCUGUUUGUAAUUGUUUUAUGUAUGUAUGUAAUUUUUAGAGCCUGGCUGCAGACAUCAAGUGUCAUCAAGUAUUUGUAGAGAUAAUAUUUUGUGUAUUUGAAUGCUGGGUUGCCUGUUUGAGGUAUCAUUUGUAACUAUGCACUUGUGCAGACCACACACACAGACAGACAAACCAACUGUGGACAGACUGUGAAACUAGAACACUCAAUAUUAACUGUGUUGUCUUAAUAUUGUCUGUCUUUUGCUGUUUCCUUUCAGGGAUUAAAACAAAGUCUGACACUGACUGUCUUGUCAAUAAAAUGGAGCCUCGAUAAUGACGUA